AUGGGGCAGAUAGACAUGGCCAGGACCAAGGACACAGGAGGCUUCCAGUGCUGCUAUUUCAAGCGCACUGGGUGGCAUCUGUUCUUAUCGGCCUGGCUAGUGCGGCUCCGCAGCGGGCUCAUUCUGCACCUGCCUAGGAAACGAGAUUUUAGUGUGAACCCUGGGCACUCGCUAACCUUGUAUGUCCGGGGGUCACGCCGUGCUCAGCGCCGGCCUUUGUACAUUCAGCAUGAGACCCAGGCAGACCCUGCUUCUGCCUCGUCUCUGUCAGAGCUCUGGCUGCCCGAGGUGCAGGCGGGCCUGGAUUUUGCAGCUCUUUGCUGUGCUGCUAUAAAGCUCGAGCCGCAGAGCCGCUGCCAGUUCCUGAUUCCUGGAUUGUCGAGAGCCCUGCGGGCUAACGGGAGGUGCAGCCCCAUCGAGCGAGGCAGAGCCCGAGCCCGAGCCAGAGCCCGGUGCUGGGACACCCGGGGCCAAGCCCCCACCCCACCACCUGCCAUGAAGCCCCGAAGCCUGGGCACAGCUGCCCUGUGGCUGGGUCUAGGGCUGCUGCUGCUGCUGGCCACAGGUACAGCACAGGGCACCACCACCGCCACUGGUGGCACCGACGCGACCACCCUGCCCCCCAGCAGCACGACUACCCCGCCCUCAAACAACACGACCACCCUGCCCCCCAGCAACACGACCACCGCACCAUCAACCAACACGACCACCCUGCCCCCCGGCAACACGACCACCCUGCCCCCCGGCAACACGACCACUCUGCCCCCAACCAACAUGACCACCCCGUCCUCGGGCAACACGACAACCACACCAUCAACCAACACGACCAUUCUGCCCCCAACCAACACGACCACUCUGCCCCCAACCAACACGACCACCCCGCCCUCUGGCAACACGACCACCGCACCAUCCACCAACACGACCACUCUGCCCCCAACCAACACGACCACCGCACCAUCAACCAACACGACCACUCUGCCCCCAACCAACACGACCACUCUGUCCCCAACCAACACGACCACCGCACCAUCAACCAACACGACCACUCUGCCCCCCGGCAACACGACCACUCUGCCCCCAACCAACACGACCACCCCGCCCUCUGGCAACACGACCACCGCACCAUCCACCAACACGACCACUCUGCCCCCAACCAACACGACCACUCUGCCCCCAACCAACACGACCACCCUGCCCCCCGGCAACACGACCACUCUGCCCCCAACCAACACGACCACCCUGCCCUCUGGCAACACGACCACUGCACCAUCCACCAACACGACCACUCUGCCCCCAACCAACACGACCACUGCACCAUCCACCAACACGACCACUCUGCCCCCAACCAACACGACCACCGCACCAUCCACCAACACGACCACCCCGCCCUCUGGCAACACGACCACCGCACCAUCAACCAACACGACCACCCUGCCCCCCGGCAACACAACCACCCCUCCCCCAACCAACACGACCACCCUACCCUCCAGAAACACGACCACCCCGCCCCCAACCAACACGACCACCCCGACCCCCAGCAACACAACAACCCCACCCCCCACCAACACGACCACCCCGCCUCCGACCAACACGACCACCCCUCCCCCCAGCAACACAACAACCCCACCCCCUAGCAACACGAUCACCCCACCGCCCACCAACACGAUCACCCCACUCCCUAGCAACACUACCACCCUGCCCCCCAGCACCUCCACUACAACCCGGCCCCGGAUCUAUUUCUUUCUCUCGUUCCGCAUUGUGAACUGGAACUUCAACGACUCCCUUCUCAACCCCAGCACCAGUUACUACAAGGAAUUAUAUUCCAAAAUCCAUAACAUGUACCUCAAUAUCUACGGCUGCGCAGCGUGCCUGAAUGGGCAGAACUACCUGGGAUUUACUGAUCUGCGUUUCAGCCCGGGCUCGGUGGUGACUGAGUCCGUCCUGCAGUACCAAGUGAGCAACACCAGUAUCAGGGCCACCGACAUUGAGCAGCAGCUGACACAAAGGCUGGACAGCCAGAACAGCUUUGGUGGACUCCAGCUGGACAAUAUCCGUGCCAACUCUGGCAGCAAUCCCCCAGCCACCACAGCACCAGCUCCCCUGGUGCCUGGCUGGGGCAUCGCCCUGCUGGUCCUGGUCUGCAUCCUGCUGGUGCUGAGCAUCCUCAUCUUCAUCCUGCUGAUCGUCUGCUCGUGCCACAGGAGGAGCCGUGGGAAGCUGGAUCUGUUCAGCUCACAGGCCUCGUACCAGCCCAUGAAUGAGUACCCCACCUACCACACCCAUGGGCGCUUCAGUGCCCCCGGCAAGAAGCAGAAUCCUUACAGUGAUAUCGCCGCCGGCAACGGCACCAACGCCUUCUACGCCAACCCUGCGACAUCAGACAAUCUCUAGGGGCACUACCCCGAGGACCAGCAGGAGCAGAGCUCCCAGCAUCGCCACCUGCUUCCUGCAGCUGGACUCCAGGGUGCUGGGUGGGGCUGACAAGGCAGGGGUUUGCUGCACUGGGGAGGAGGGGGUUGCAUUCAAAGUGUGGCGGGGUGAGGGGGGGUGACUGCUCCCCCCACCCUGCAACCCCUGGCCCUGGGUUUGGGCCAUGUGAGGGCGAGCACUAAUGGGGCAAAUUCCUAAUGGGGGACAGUAAAGGGGCUGCCCCAUAUAUCCCCCCCACCAACCAGCCUGGGCCGUGCAGGGAAUAUGACAGGGACUCUCCAGGGGAGCCCCUCCAUACUGCCCCAAGCUGUGUAUGGGGCGUGUCCCCUGCUCCUUCCACGGCCUGGGGGGCCCUCUGGCCCAGCUUCCACCUGUUCCCAGGAGGUGGGAGCGAGCAUCAGACGGUUCUGGAGCAGCCAAAUUCGAAUGCAUGAAGGAACUGGAUGAACAAUGCAAGGGAAGGACCCUCCUCUCUGCCUCCCCCCAGUUCCAAGCCCCUCCUGCCCUCAAUCACUUGCCAAAUGCUGUAUCCUGCCACGAGGCCCCCAGUGUGCAGUGUUCGGGUUCCAGGGGUCGCGCUUGCCUGCACGGCUGGACUGGGGCUCCAUUUUUAUCAUGUGUUCUGUAACCACGCGGCUCUGUGAUGGCCGCCCCGCCAUGACGGGGGGUCACAACGUCCUUGGGAAGGUCUGUAUUUAUAGUGUUUCACAAUAAAGGGAUCUGUGCUGA